AUGGGGUGGUUAAUGCGGCAAAUUGAAUGGCUAGGAAUUUGUAAUCGAUGGUCUAUUAAGAAAGAAAUCUUAUACUGGAGUAACCCUUAUUUAUACUUCAGCUUACCUUACUCAAAUUCGCCGAAAAAGGUCAAAAAUCAAAAGGCACUUAUAGUAUUCGUAGCUGCAACGUUUUUGAUCAGUGAGG